CAAACACUUAUGCUAAGGAUUGAGUGGAGUAUAGAAAGGCAGGCCUGGUAAGGAGAAGCUAGCUGGGGCUUCAGACAUCUCUUCUGUCCAUCAGAGAAGCAAGAAGUGAGGUGGCCACAAUGGGGGCCAGGCUGCCCUUCUUCCUCUUCCUGACACUCCUGAGCAGCUCACAGGGAACAGGGCCAAGAAUGAUUUUGCAGCUGAAGCUGAAGGACUCCCUUCUAGCAAAUUUCUCCUAUGAUUCCAGCUUCCUGGAAUUGCUCGAAAAGCUCUGCUUCCUCCUCCACCUCCCACCUGGGACCAAUGUCACCCUCCAUCAUGCAGGAUCCCCACACCGUGCCAUCUGCAAAGUCUGAGAACAGUCGAAACCUGUGUCCUCCCUUGGCCCAGGCAUUUGACCACCAAGGUACAGGAAAGAUGCCCUAAACCCUGCCGAGUGGCAGUAAAUAUGAUGAAUUCAAUGACUUGCCUUUGUGGGUUUGUGAACAGAGAGCUGGCAGGAAAAUGGAAUUGGACACCAAACUCUCUGACUCUCCCCCUUAUUAAGCAGAGGGGUUCCGGGAUGGACACCCUCUCCCUCAACACCAGUGUGAAAGGCCUAGAAAGAAUCUGGGAAGUUAACUGUUUGAGGACCCACGCACCACACUUAUACAUGCAUGUGCGUGAACACACACUUCAAGCUGAGAUCUUCAGAAUACCUAGGAAUAAAGGCAAGAAAUGUACUGAA